AUGUCUGAUUACUCUGACUUGAAUUCUUCACAUACGAAUUCAUCAUAUCCGAAAUUGAUGAAAGGCGGUGAAAAUCUAUAUGGACGCUUUGAGUUCUUGGAAUUAAAUCCGGGUAUAACAAUUACGAGUUUGGUAUUUAUUUCUAUAGCGUCUGUUGUCGGCACGUUCGGAAAUAUUCUUACACUGUUAGUGAUGGCACCAAGAUGUAAAACAAAGGGAAAUGUGGAAAACAUUUUCAUUGUCAAUUUAGCAAUGUCUGACAUCUUUGUAACAUCUAUAGCUGAUCCAAUGAGUAUUAUUGCGAAGAUAGAAGGGGAAGAAUUUUUCAACCGCAUUCCAGGGCUUUGUCAGACGAUUGCCAGCAUAUGCACCGUUUCCUGUGUGACGUCACUUAUGACAAUUGGAUUGAUGAGUGUCAACCGGUACGUCUAUAUAUGUGCACAUGAAAAAUAUGAUCGACUAUUCACGAAAUGGAACUGCAUCGGUAUGUCCAUGUCGCUAUAUUUCAUUGGAGGUUUAUUGGUUCUGUUAAAUGUAGCGGACAUUGGUGAUCAUGGAUAUGACAGGAAAAGUUUGGAAUGCAUUUGGGAUCGCAUGGCAACCUACCCAUAUACCGUAGUUUACUCAGUAACACUAGUAUGGAUUCCGUCCAUUAUAAUUGGUAUUUGUUACUUGAAAAUAUAUUUGUAUGUCAAAGUACAUUCAAGACGUGUUGCAGACCAAAUUCAGUCAGGUGCAUCUAAGCCAUUAAGAAGUUAUCAUUUGGCAAAAACGCUUUUUAUCAUAUAUGCAGUAUUCAUAACAUGCUGGGUGCCGUAUGCAUUAUUGAUAGUGAUUGAUGCACACGACAGUUUCCCACAUGAGCUUCAUGUCAGCAUCACAGUGUUUGCACAUCUUCAUCCAUCACUAAACUGGCUGAUCUACUACGUCACAAACAAGAAAUUUGAAGACGCUUACAAACAAUUUUUUCGCAGAUGUCUCCCAGGUCGAGCAAACUCUGUUGUACCUAAUGUACAUGCGUGACCUAACACCAAGGUCAUAUAAAUAGGCAUUCUUGGCUAACCUCAGACUGGCUACUUUUCAUUUUCAAGUUCCAACUAUUGUAAUCACAAAUAACUCUGCAAGAUCGAAGCGAUUCCUCAUCGGGGCUUGUUUUCUUCUUCAAAGUGGCAGAGGGACUGGUAACAGCAAUGUCAUAUCAUCCACGUUUUACCCUGAAGCGUGGUAAAAAACAACAAAUUAAUCAAAAAGCAUUUGAUACAUGUUAAACAAAUCAUAUACAGUCACAACGUGCUUUUUUGAACUCGAAGCGUUAAAAGACCUUCCAAUGUAAACGUGGAUUGUUUAAAAACUUACAUUUCCAGAAAUUUUGAAUAAUCGUAACAAUCUCAGUUAUCAAGGUGCG